CCUGUGGGCCGUGACCUCAUUCCAGGCUGGCUGUAGAUGCAGAGGUCAGGGUGGUGGCGGCUAGCUUUCCCCCUGCAGCUCUUGGCUGUGUGGACGUGGGGCGACGUCUGGCUGGGGGAGGCUGGGCACAUGCCUAGCAAUGGCUAAGUGUGCCUGGUGCCUCUGCCUGGGGCUUGGCAUGGUGGGUGCCGCUGGAAAGGCUGCCAGGGAGGGUUUGGGUACGGAGCACCUGGGAGGACAGUCAGCACCACAUGACAGGGAACAAACCAUGGAAAGUGACGCCAAGAACGGGGAGGCUGCGCCGAGAUGGAGGAGACCUCAGGGAGGAGCCAAAGAAACCCAGGUGCUAGAGGCCGUGGUCGGGGCCGUACGCAGGAGCGGAAGUGUGGCGCCGGGGAUCCCUUCCAAGAGCUGUCGGGACGGGGUGGACCUGAGCUGCGUGCCUGGGCCCGACUCAGCGCUGUGCCCCGGGGAGAAGGCCUCUUUGUGGAAGCGCGCCGAGAGGGCGAAGGAGUUCUCUCCGUGUCUGAGAUGGGGCCGAGAGACCCUCGGGGGGCUGGAGACAGCACUGGACUCUCCGUACCAUCCUGCCGUUGAAGCAGAUUUCUCCAAGCGCAUGGAGGCCAGGCACCAGUUCCCCAGGAGGAUGCAACUGAAGGAGACACCCGAGUUCCAGCUCCACUCCGAGCCCAAGAACGGGGAGGUAAAUAUCAGCUGGGCGGAGCAGAAUAAAGACAGGCCUGGCCCUAUGUGGACAGAGGCCAUGCUGGCCAGCCAGCUUGCCCUGUACAGCCACGCUUACCACAACUACCCCCUGCCGUUAUCUGGGCUGGAAAACCAAAGCCCGGCUGCCACUGGCAAACCUUACCAGCUAUCUGAGCAAGACUCCCUCCACUCCGCCAGUCCCUCUGGGGACAGCGCGGGCGACCCCCCUUCCUUCCACCACCUGAACACCCACUGCCCCUUCCUGGUGGAGGCCAAGCUGGCAGAGAGGAACCCCUUCUUGGCUUCCUCCAUCAUAUCAGCAAGCACUCCAGCUGAGUCUGCCUAUGGCAAUAGCUUGGCCAGCCUAGCCCUGGCUGGCCAGCCCCAGGACUGCCCCUCUGCUUUGGGAGAGGCCCAGUACACUGACCCAGAUUGGCACCGGGCACCUUACCCAUGCGCAUGGAGCCAGCCAGCGUACCUGGCACCCCAUCCAAGAACAAAGACCCCGUCUGCUUUUGAAACCUGCUCCAGCUCAGGAAGCAAGGAGUUUUACCAGAAGAAGGAUCCUGGCUUUCCCCACACAGGAAAGGACCUGGCCCCUGUGCCCGACCGGGCGCAGCCUCAGCUGCUCGGCCAGUACAAGGUGGGGAAGGUGAAGCGAGAUGGAGAGAGCGAGAUGGAGGUGACCUACGUGGAGCCCACGUGGAAGGGAGCUGAGCAGAGGGGGUGCAUGGCACUGGCCCCUCCCAGUGACCAAACCCUUCCUAACAACCAUGGCCAAAUGGGUCAGCCACUGUUCUACCUAAAGCACAAGGUGGCAGAGAGCUUGUGGUCCAGCCGGCCCCUGGUUCUGGAUUAUCCUCUCAGCAAAGCACCGGCCAGGCCCUCCGAGUCCAAAGACGAAAGCCUCAUGUACCAAAGCCUGAAGCCUGGCUCCCCUGCGGUGCUGCAGGAAUCCUCUGGAUCUCCACUCACGGACAGAGUCCAGCCCCCUGCCCUUUCCAAAGUAGAGCUCCCAUCUGGGAUGGAGGUGCUUCCAGCUCAUGCUCUCCCCUGCAAAUGCUCCCCUUGGGACUGCCCCCCGAGAUGCUGCAAGAGGUGCCAGGGGGCAGGCUGCGAUGCUGUCAACUCCUUUGGCACCAGAAAUGAGAUGCCCGGGCCAUACCGAGAAGUAGAUGGAGCCUUGGGAGGACAUGGCAUCCAACGGGGCAAGGAUUCCUCCCUGCUGCCCUGCCCUCCCAGCAAUCACCACACCAAGCUGAAGAAGACCUGGCUGACCAGGCACUCGGAGCAGUUCAGAUGCCCUGCUAGCUGCCUCGGGGACAAAGGGGCUCCUGGUCAGAUCAAAGAGGGUUUGCCUCUGAGGUUCAAAGCUUUAAAGAGGGAAGGCCAGGAGAGCGCUGAAGAAGCAGACCGAUCUGGCAAACGGACAGCUAAGCGGCCUCACAGCCAUGUCUCUGGGGAGGAUCUCUGGAGCCCAUGCGUCGGCAGGGGUAGCUAUUCGGCAAAGCGGAGCUCAAAGGUAGCCGAGAACGAGGCGCUAAAUCCCACGAGGAAGGAUUGUGAGGCCCCGGAGCAGAGGGAGGUGGUCCCAGCAAUGGGAAGGAAAGCAGAUGCAGGAGAUGGAGGGCUCCUGAGUUGCAACGGAGAGGACGCCGGAGAGCAGAAGGAGAAGCGAUACCUACAGAGCGUUCCAUGUAUGGCCCUCCCUGACUGCAUUGAGAGGUGUUGUGCUUGUGCCUCCAAGGACGGGAUGGGCGCCGUGCCCCGGGAGGAGGAGGAAGAACCCAUGGAGACCUUCUGUAGGCUCCUGAAUUUCCGAAGGCUGGCGUUCUGUGACAGCGGGGAGCUAAGUGUGGAUGGAUUCUCCACACUGGACGAAGCCGAGGGCGAGAGCUUAUGCCUGAGGAUCUCCAGCAGGGAGAGAAGGGCCCAGGACAUCAGCACCAGCCUCAGCCUAGCCAAGUAUCUCCUCUCCGUCCUGGGGGACCAGUUCUGUGAGGCCAUCAGGAGAGACAGAGAGGCCUGGCUGUGGGCGCAAGGGGAAAACGAAAGGGUGACCGCCUGGCGGCGAGGGAAAGGCGCCCUGCAGGCCUGUGAUGCCUGCCAGCACGGCCUCUUCAACGCUCACUGGAACUGCUCCAGCUGUGGGUUCCAGCUGUGCUCGCAGUGCUACCGGACCAAGAGAGAGCAAGCCAGCCCAGCCCAGACAGAGGAGUCUGUGCAGUCGGCCAAGUGUGUCCAAGGGCAGGACCAUGACGUUCUGUCCCUCAUCCCCGCGCAGUUCAUCCCCACCCACGUCCUGGCUGAGCUCUGGAAGCUGAUGCACGAAGUGCAGGUGAAGUUUGACAUCGAGUCGCGCUGCCCCUGCAGACUGAGCAUCCUGAGCAAGAGCCUCACCGACAACACGAGGGGUGGGCAGAAGGAGGAGAUGGGGAACAUGACACCUUUGCUACAACCUGCCAGCAACGGAGAGACAGAUGGCUCGAGGGUAAUCAAGGAAGAAAACCCAGACUCCAUCCACCCGCCGAGCGAGCAGGGCCCCAAGAGCGCAGUGCAGACGUCCACCCUCUGCGAGCUCCUGACCUCUACGGCCGUCAGGCUGUGCCUGGGGCAGAACGGCGUCCGCAUGGCCUUCGCGCCCGUCUCCCCGGCCUUGCCCAGCGACAACCGGAUCACCAACAUCCUGGACAGCAUCAUCGCCCAGGUGGUGGAGAGGAAGAUCCAGGAGAAGCACUCAGAACGUGAGCGGUGGAGCCCCAGCCCCCCCGAGCCGCAGGUCUCCCACUGCAUCCUGGCCCUGGGGGGACUCCUGUGGCUUCACGAUCCAAACCACUCCUGCAACUACAAGCUCUUCCAGGAGCACUGGAGGCAGAGCCAGGCAUGCUCCAGCCCGGUAACCUCCGCCUCCCCUGUGCUGCCCCCCCCCCCGCAGCCUGUCUUGGUUUCAGGGCUGCAGAAGACACUGAAGAGAAACCUGUGGGAGCCCGAGUCGUUCUGCCACGAACAGCGGGGGCAGGAGGUGCAGGCGGUGAACCUGCGAAGCCAGCCGGGCUGGAUAAGGGUCAGCAGCAAGGACUUCUGGGACGGCUUUGCCUCCAGUGCCAAAUGCCUGGAGACAGAGAACAGCGAGGGGAACCUGCUCAAGCUAGAGAGCGGCUUUGGGGACAUGCCAAUGUGCAGGGCUGAAAACCUCUAUGCCAGUUUGCCACUGCUGGAGUACUGCGGGCAUGAUGGAAAGAUGAACUUAGCCUCGUACCUGCCGGGUAGCCAAGGCAGGCAGUGGCUGAGUCCCCAGAUCUGUGCUGCCUAUGGUGUGGCCCCUGAGGACAGGACCAUUGGGACCAAAAACCUGACAGUGGAGGCGACAGAUUCCAUCAGCGUCUUGGUGUACGUUGGGGCGUACCCGCUGGACGGGCACAGUGCCCAGAAAGAGAUUCUCCGGAGGGUGGAAGAGGAUGGAGUUGAUGACGUCCUUAAGGAGCGGCUCUGGAACACGAGGAACUGGGCAGGAGCCGUGUGGCACAUCUUCCGAGCGGAGGAUGCUGACUGCAUCGAGGGGUUCUUACAGAAGGUGUGCAAAGCCCAAGGCCAGGACGGGGCGGCCCAGCUGGAUCUGAACGGCCACAGGAGCUGCUACCUGGAUGCGUUUCUGCGGAGGAGGCUGCGGGAGGAAUGUGGCGUGAGUGGCUGGACCCUGCUCCAGUUCCUGGGGGAUGCAGUGCUGGUGCCGACAGGGGCUCCACACCAGGUGCAGAGCCUCAGCAGUACCAUCAGCGUCACGCAGAGAUUCCUCUCGCCGGAGAAUGCUGCCCGCUCGGCACGGCUCGCAGCUCAGACCACAGACCCUGCCGGCACGGCACAGAGACUUCGUGCACAGAUGGACAGCAUGGUGUAUGGUGCUGUGAGGGAGGCAGUGGGGACCCUGCAGGGCUACACUUAAGGCACUGGCAGGCAUGCAGCAUGGAGACGGAGGGCUGGCUUCAGACCGGGGCCUCCAGGAUGCAGAAUUGAAACAAAGGGGGCAGCAGCGCAGGAUUCCUGGGGAGCCCCACAUCCGCCUGUCUGGAUGGGGAAUGGCUCUUUGGCAUUGACUAUGACAGGCCAGGGUUGUCAGGCUGAAGUGACCAGAGCGCAGGGCCUGUGACGAGGAAGAUGGCUGCUGGACAAAAUGGGGCCAAAGCAUGCUCAGGCCCAGCCACUCCCCUGCUCCGGGAAGGGCAGAAGCUGAGACGCGGACAGGUAGGAGGGGAUGAGCCAUCUGAGAGACCAUCCACCCAAGUGAUGUGACCCCCAGCAUGUUCCAUACAGCCCCUGCCAGGAGCCAGUGGAUCGCAUGGGAUUCCAGCUUCCAGCGACACACGGGACUCCUUGGGUUUCUAUUGCAACCGUUCUGCACUGAGCACUUGUCCGAUAUGCUGCUGCCGGCUGUGCCAGCCCCACCUACCCUGCAGAGCCCCGCCAUGCCCACAUGACGUCACACCCAGUGCUCGUUCCGAAGGCGUCUUCCCGCCGCUCGCCUUGACGAUGUCACGCUUGGUGCUUACUUCGGCGAUGUCACGCCAUGGUGCUCGCUCCCGGGGGCAGCGCACUCUGCGGGAGGGACCGUGGCCAGGUCUCCAUCCCCGCAGAUCCUCUCAGGCUGGAGGCGAGGGCUGAUGGGCCUAGGGGUGGGGGAGCCAUGGAAAUAAACGUCUGAGACGAGUCUUUGAGGAGACACGACUGACAUCGCAUGCAGAAUCAAUGUCCGUUUAAUUCUCACGCACUCCCCUUCACAGGUGUCUCAGGGCUUGGGGCAGGGCUGGGGGCCGGGGGGAGCUAACCAAGGUCCCUGGAGCCUUUCACCCCAAGACCCAUCAGCCAACAAGGCCAUUGCAUUGGUUUAAGACCCAGAUCUCCACCUGGCCUUCCCUGCUUUCCCCACCUCCGUGUCCAUCUCUCCCCUGUGGCCACUGCUGGUUCCCUGUGGACUGAGAAUCCGGAUCACUGAGGGGCCCAACCCAGUGAGUCCCCCUGGACCCUACAGGGGAGUGUGGCCUGGUUAGGGGGUGGCAGUGGUGUGUGUGAGAGGGGGGCAUUUCUGAGGUGUUUGUCUAGUGACAAUAUUGGCCAACCCCCCACUCUGCCAGACGGACCCCUUUGUUCUCUCUCCCCAGCCCCUGGAAGCAGGCUGGUAUGACCUGUCUCCCUAACCGGGGAAUGGAGUGGGAGGGCAGGUCCCACCAACCAGCUGGGGUGAGGAAAGCAGACAGUCUGCUGCUCCCCAAUUCCCCUUUCUCUUGCCCUUGCUGUCCUCCUCCCCCUGGCAGCAGACACCAUCUUAAUCGGUGCAUCAAACAGGCCCUCUGGUUUAUUCCAAUCUCCUGUCUGCCUGCGUCUCUCCAGGCCACGCUCUCAUUGCUGUGCACGUUGGCUGAGCGAGUGAAGUGCGGCGAGAUCAUGCAGUAGUUGUAACAGCCCAUCCUGCCGGGCUGGCGGUCCCUCCCAGCAGGAGUAACAAAGGCAGGAGGAAGUGGCUCAUGCACUUGUGAGGUCCCAAGGAGAGCAAGCAUCUCCCUCGAGCCCUGGGGGCCAAUACAGGGAGGCCUGGAGCACACAGGAGGUUGUGGCUUGGGCGUAGGGUUGCCAACGGUCCCUUAUUACAAGGGACAUCCCUUAUUUUGUCAUCUCUGGGCAACAAGAUUGGGAGUUGCUGAGUGCUGCAAAGAGCAGCAAGAAAUCCCCCUGGCAAGUGUAGGUUAGUACUGCUGAUUAUUAUUAAUAAUGAUAAUAUCAGGAGGCGGGGGUACUAAGAAAACAGUCCCUUAUUUUUGAAAUACCAUGUUGGCAACCCUACUUGGGGGGCGGUCACGUCAGCUCUCUGCUCUUUCUGCACCGGGAGGGUGGGAGGCUGCUGCUGCACUAUCAGGCUCUGCCUCGGUUUCUCCCUCUGACGUGGUCCCAGGCAGCACAAGGGCGGCCCCAGCUUGUGCAAAGGAGUGGAGCCUCUCUCCUCCCCCAGCGCCUGCGAAUCGCCGGAGGCCCUGUUCCCAUCUGUUCUCUGCUACACCAGUUGGCAGUGUGCGCGGGGAGGAGGCCAAGGGAUUAAAAGCCUCUCUGGUUUAACAGUUCCCUCUGUAAUUAAACCUUAGGGCCCGGGCUGCUGCUUAACUCUUUCCAAAGUGUGUGGCAAGCCAGAGGCUGCUCUGCCGGUGCAGGAGCGGGAAGGAAAUGGCCGGCUUAGAAACCCCCUCCCCAAUACACAAUGGCGGGGAAGCUGCAUGUAACUCACUGCCGGGGACUCCAGCAGUGCAGCCACGCCUGGCCUGAGCAGGGUGGGGGCGUUCUGGGAUACGGAGAGGUACUGUGCUCUCAGUGCAGGGCUGUGGUGCCGUUAAUGUGAAUGGGGGACUCCGCACGGGCAGCCAGGGGCCGUUCUCAUACGCAGCAGGUGAGUGGCACGUUUCCUUGCAAGCUCUGCUGCCCUCCCGCCUGUUGGCAUCGGGUGGGGUGCCCAUGGUGAUGCUCCAUAGUGACAUCACUGGAGGUGCUGGUGGUGAUGGGCAUCGUGUUUGUUGCACCUUGUGAUGAGGUCAUAACGGAGGCUUAUCCGAGUUGUAACACUGUGCACUGGCUGGCCAUAUUUGGUGCAUCAUGGCCUUGGCUUGUUCUGCUGGCCGCACACCAGGAAUUUAUUUUGCUGAUGUCACUGUGUGUAGUGACUUCGGAUUUGUGCUUCCUUUGAUGACGUUGUGCCAGGGUUCAUUCUGUGCCCUUGGGCUCAGGGCUUGUUGUGAUGUCAUCACACAGAAGGUUCACCCUGAUGAUGUCACCACGCUGGUCAUGAUCUCCCUAGGGAUGUCCAUUGGGAUUAUGGCAUUCGGUGUGUGCCAUAUCGGCAGCAAUGCUCUAAAGAGUGCCAGUGGGGCAGUUCUCUCCCCAAAAGCGCCAGGCCCUUUGAGGGUUCAGUUCCCAUGGCAAUGGGGCUCUCGGUGCGGCUACCCUGGGAAGAAAUGGUGUAAUAUCGAUAAAGCAAUGGGCUUGGCUGUCAGGGCUCUAUUCCCAGCCGUGAGAGGGGAGUGGUGUCUAGUGGUUAGAGCAGGGGAGACUGCCUGGGAGUCAGGGCUCUGAGGUUCUAUUUCUGCCUCUUGGGAUGAGUGCAGUGUAGUGGUCAGAGCAGGGGCUGGGAGUCCGAAGACCUGUGUCCUGUUCCCAACUCUCCCUGACCUGAUGGUGUCAAUAAUGCUGAGCGACCUCCCAGGGGACUUGAGCGCACUGGUGUUCCUAAAGCACUUUGAGACCCUGGGGCAGGAAGGGCUGGCAAAGGGAAGUGUUGGAUUUCCAUGUCUGUUGCUCCCGACAGUCGACAGCCCUGUACGUAGCCUCCCCUGGCUGCCCUGUCAAUGUUCUUCUUGUUUCCCUUCUGUCAAGCAGCAGCACUAGCCUGGCUGGAUGACUCGCUGCCCUUUGGGAGCUCAGGGAGGAAGGGGGAAUCCCGUCUCCCACUCCUGUUUCCUUUUUAGGACAGUUCCUCCAGGCCACUCCAGACGCGGGGCUCCUUCCAGCACUAGAAUCCUCCAGCAAGGCAGGCGCUGCGUCUCGUCAGCAGCCUGCCAGAUAAAAUAAACGCCAUCCUCCCGGGCCCCUGCUCCGCCCUGCAGAUGUGGAAGAGCUGAGAGCUUAGCCUGCAAUGGCGGGGUCAGCUGGGGUCAGGGAGGGAUAAAGCAGCCAAUCCUAUCAGAUUAAGAGCCGGUCAUUUCAGGCUGCUGUGAAUUAGACGCUGUCAAGUGAGGCGCUUGGGUAAGUUUAGACCAGAUGGUCCUGUUGGCUGCUGGCCAGGUGAACGCUGCCGUGCUUCUACGCUUGGCUGGGCCUCACGCCCCCCCCCCCCCCCCACACA